AUGAGCGUCAUGAAUCCCUGGGUGGACCUGGACGGCCAAAGACAAAGCUCACAGUCAACGCUGAUUGUCGACCCCAAGCUCAAAGCUGCUGCGGAAACCGGCAACAUACCGCUUAUGUCUCGAAUGGUCCUUCACCUCCUGAUGGUUGUCUUUCUCGAAGAGGAAGGAUUGUUAGAUGAUUGGGCCGUCAAGGUAGUCGAGCAAGGAGCGGUGACACCGGUGUUCUGGUGCCAGUCAGAAUACAACUACGAAAUCGCUGAUUUGGCUCUAGCCCAGGAUACAUGGCUGGAGAAACUGCAAGUGGCGUUUCAAAUCUAUGGACGAACAGAUCCCGCUGAUCAGAUGAUUGCCCGGAUGAUUCAACAAGCGAGCCAAAAGUACGCUGCCGGACAAGCUAUGCCACCCUGGACUUGA